CCCUCCUCUCUCCCCGUCUGUCCACAGUCAGACUCCAUUGCUUCCACUAGACACACCGGAGCUCUCGUCCAUCCGGGGCCAUGUUUUGGUUUGACCAAACGUCCUCCGUCCUCCUGCUGCUCCACCUGAGCGCCGCUCACGCCAUAUUUUUGGACGGCGAGGCGGCCAACCAAGUUCUAACCCGAUGGAGACGUGCCAACAGCUUCCUAGAGGAACUGAAACAAGGCAACCUGGAGAGGGAGUGCAUGGAAGAGGCCUGCAACCACGAGGAGGCGCGAGAGAUCUUCGAAGACGAAGCUAAAACUAAGGAAUUCUGGAACAAAUAUUUUGACGGCGACGCAUGCGAGUCGACGCCCUGCGCCAAUCAGGGAGUUUGCACCGACGCAAUCGGCACCUACACCUGCUACUGCCAGGCCGGCUACCAGGGCUUCAACUGUGAAAUUGUUAUUCCGGAGCUCUGUGAGAAUAAGAACGGCGGCUGUGAACAUUUCUGUAAGGUGGAGCGAGGGAACAUUCACUGCUCGUGUGCCGACGGAUAUUACCUGGGGUCAGACGACAAGUCCUGCGACUCCAACGAACCCUUCAGAUGCGGCACCGUUGUCACCAAAAGCACCCGGACUGUUUUCAGGUACGUGCGUCAGAACACAACCAACGGCAACGGCACCGUAUCGAAGGCCAACGGGUUGAAGGACACUGGGUCAAACGUCACCACGACAGCAGCCUCGCUUCCCAAUGACUACGUGUUGCCGGAUGGUGCGAUUUUUGAGGACAUGGUGGUCCCUGAUAUGGCGGAUAUGACCCGCAUUGUCAACGGAGAGAACUGUCCCCCGGGACAAUGUCCAUGGCAGGCGCUCCUCCUGGACGAGGAGAACGUAGGGUUCUGCGGUGGAACCAUCCUCACUAAUUACAUCAUCCUAACCGCCGCCCACUGCAUGAACAAAUCCCGCUACAUCUACGUCAAGCUUGGUGAGUUUGACGUGCUGGUGGAUGACGGUAACGAAGCCACCCACACCGUGGAGACCCUCAUCACCCACUCCAUGUACCGGAAGGACACUUACAACAACGACAUUGCGCUCAUCAAGCUGGCCACGCCCAUCAAGUUCUCCAGGUUCAUCUUGCCGGCCUGCUUGCCUGAUCCGGUCUUUGCUGAAAAGGUGCUGAUGCGCCAGGAGGACGGCAUGGUCAGCGGGUUUGGCCGACUCGGCGAACGCCAGGAGACCUCCACUAUCCUGCAGCGCCUCACCAUGCCCUACGUGGACCGCAACACCUGCUUGCAGUCCACCCAGUUGCGCAUCUCUCCCCGCAUGUUCUGCGCCGGUUACGACACCAUAGCCAAGGACGCCUGCCAGGGCGACAGCGGCGGGCCGCACGUCACACGCUACUCUGACACCUACUUUGUCACCGGCAUCGUUAGCUGGGGCGAAGGAUGCGCAAAGAAAGGCAAGUACGGCGUCUACACGCAGGUCUCCAAGUACAUCAGUUGGAUCCGGCAGGGCAUCGACGGGCUGAUGCAGAAGGGGAGGAGAGGCGUCCGGGCCAGGAGGCACCAGGGCGCCAUCGAGAGGCUGGUCCUGUACGUUUUCAAAGAGCUCAUCGUUCUCAUCCAGGGACAAGUGUUCCGCGCCCCUCAGGACCACCAGGUGUUCCUGAGGUCCAGGAGAGCCAACAUGUACCUGGUGGAGGAGAUCCUCCAGGGGAACCUGGAGCGCGAGUGUCACGAGGAGCGUUGCAGCUUUGAGGAGGCGCGCGAGUACUUUGAGAACACGGAGAAGACGAUCGCCUUCUGGACCGUUUACUACGCUCCGGGGGACGGAGGUCAGCCGGCCUCCGCGCCACAGGUCACUGCGGCAGAGCUCCUCGAGUGUCCGACUGAGGGGCCGACGGCUUGUCACCAGCUGUGCUCGCCGUCCUCGCGCUCCUUUUCCUGCUCCUGUCUGCCGGGAUUCAAACUACAGAGCGACGGGCGGAGAUGCCGGCCUGAAGCGGCGUUCCCCUGCGGGAGGCUCCCCGGUGGCCUCGACGCCACCCUGAUGGCGUGUCGCCACGGCAACUGUCCCUGGCAGGUCACCCUGCUGAGCAGCAGAGGGGCGGAGCUUUGUGACGGUGUGGUGCUGGGACGCCGAUCCGUGCUGACCGCCGCCAGCUGCCUCCAGACGGACCCCAACUCGGCCCUCCGACCUUCUGACUUCUCUGUGGUCGCCGGCGACAGCGAGGAGAAGACGCCCGUCCACGCGGUGUACGUCCACGACCGAUUCCGUACUGAUCACCAUGACAACGACCUAGCCCUCCUCGAGCUGGCCCGCCCCCUUUCCUUUGGCCCUGCCCUCAUCCAGCUAUGCCUGCCUGAAAAGGACUUCAGCGAAAAUGUCUUGAUGCAUUCUGGGAGGACAGGGCUCGCCACGAAGAGGGGAGUGCGGAUCCAGGAACUGGUCUACAUGACGCUGGACGAGUGUCGCACACAGAUGAACGUCUCGUACCCACUCAGCAACAAAAUGUUCUGCAUGAGGAACCCGAAUGGACCUCUGGGGAACCGGGAUGGACGUUUAGGGAAGAAGAACAGACCCUUAGGGAACCAGAAUAAGUCUUUAGAGAACCAGAUCAAAUCCGUAAGGAACCAAAAUGGGACGUCAAAGACUCAGAAAGGCUCCCGGCGAUGCGGGGGCCCAAUGCCGGGGACGCCGGUUGCCACGGUGGAUCGGGGGACGGCGUUCCUGACGGGCCUGAUGAUGUCAUCGGGGUGCGACGGCCUGGUGUUCACCAAAUUGUCGCGCUACCUGAGCUGGAUUCGACCCCGGCUGGAUGCAACAGAGGGUCACAUGACCUCGCAGGUCAGCCAACACCCAUUUUACAAAUGACUCAUGGAAUAAUCCUCCUUUCCUCUGUGAAUAAUAAAGGUUCUAACCAAAUGAC